CAUGAGCACUGCAGAGAAAGCAUCUACCGAGCAGGCUCUUGCACUCGUGCUAAACAGCCAUGAACGCAGGGUUCUUUGUGCUCCUCAGCCUGUCUCUUUUCUUCUUCUCCUCCUCCGGCGCUGCCCGCAGAGACAGGCGCGCGAUCGAUUGCAAGGACUACAUGGACGAUGGCAUGUACUGCACCAGGGAGUCCGACCCCCACUGUGGCACGGAUGGCAUGACAUACGGCAACAAAUGCGCCUUCUGCAAGGCCGUCAAGAAAAGUCAGGGAAGCAUUGGACUGCGGCACAUUGGGAAAUGCUGAACGCCCCUCCCGGCUGAGUGUUGGGAGCUGCCCGCCUGCUUUCGGUUUCCGCCAGCCGCCGCAGGCCCCUGCCUCCAGCCACAGCCGCCCCUCGCCCUGCCCCCGGGAGCUGCGGGCGGCAGCGGCGUCUCCACUGCGCUUGUCCAAUAAAGAAACU